AUGGCUGCUGAUCCUGAUCUACGAAUUUAUGAUAGCUUUGGCCAUUUCAAACUCACCGACGGCGAUGGGGACUACUGGCUGUUUGGGUAUGGUAAAGGUCUGCGAGUGGAAUCAUCUGUACUAGCGAAAAUCAUACACCUUGAAAAUCUCCUACGAGAAACGACGCAACGAAUAGAGUCCCUUGAGCGAAGAAUGCGGCCUAUACAGAAGUUAGAAUCUAACAAUGAUGAUUUGAACACCCUGCAAAAAUACGAGAUGGAGGUCGACGAGCUCAAAAGAUUGAGCGUUAACAUGGAAGCAUACAUAAUCCUGCCUGGUAUCUUCGCGAAGAGCUCAUUAAUGAUUGCAUACGGAGGGGUGGAUGUUGCGGUAGGAACUGCGGAUGCUGCGUACAUCGUCAUCUAUCCCAAAACGGGAGAAACGGAAUGGGGAUUGGCCAUUGUACAAUGGAAUGUUGGUGCUGUGAAGUUUUUCGCG